AUGGCUCCGACAAGGCUUCUAUUACAGAAUCAGUCUCAAAGAUCUAAUGAAACCUUCAAGGAGUAUGCUCAACAUUGGCGCGAAAUGGCGUUUAUGGUCCGACCCACAUUAUUUGACAACGAAUUGGUAGAUAUCUUCAUGGGUACACUGCAAGGGUUGUAUUAUGAUAAGAUGAUUGGAAGUUCGUCAACAAAUUUUUCUGAUAUGGUAACUGUUGGGGAGAAUGUAGAGAAUGGGCUGAAAUCGGGGAAAAUCACAGACACAACCGCACCGGAGUCAACAAACAAGAGGUCGCAUGGGGGCUUCGCAAAUAAGAAGGAGGGGGAGGAAAGCGCUAUGACGGCGAGUGCUCGCCCCCAAUAUCAAUUUCCGAUGGCCCCUAUGUCAUAUUACCCCUACCCAUACGUCGCCGCAGUUCAAUAUCAGCAACCGCCAUUCCAAUACCAACCGCAGAAAGGUAAUCAACAAUCAACACCGGCACAUAAAAAUAUGAACCAACAAUAUAAUCGUGACAACAAAGGACAAAAUCAAGGUCAGAACAAUAGAAGCAAUUUUGGUAACCGUCCCCUAUUUGAUAAGAUCCUAGUACGGUAUGCAGAGUUGGUGCCGUAUCUGAUCCACGUAGGGGCCAUCUUACCAAGAGAACUCCCAACAUCCUCUCCUGCCUUUAAUCACAGUCACAAUCCUAAUGCCACGUGCGCUUUUCACACAGGGUAUAUAGAACACUCCAUCAAGGACUGUUGGGCUCUCAAAAAGAGGACCCAAGAGUUAACUGAUCAAGAGAUCAUGUCGUUCUCCGAGGAAAAGCCCAACGUGAAGACUAAUCCCUUGCCAAACCAUGGUGGCGCAACAGUCAAUGCUGUGAUCGAAGAAGAAAAUGCUGAAUCUAUACUAAGGGCUGAAAAGGUGAAGACUCCGAUGUCCGUUAUGUUACAGAGACUUGAACAAUUUUGGUUGCUAGAAGGUGUACAUGAUGAUUGUGCAGUGUGCAAGUUUGAUCCGGACAAUUGCGACAAGCUGAGGGGUUGUGUGUAA